AUGAAGUUGCCAGCUGAUGAUCCCGAAAUUGUCGUCCUAAAGAGAGGCGGAUCCUACCACGCUGUUAUAGCUGAGACAAACCGUGUCAAACACGCUCUCACCAUGGAGCGACCAAUGCCUACCGCCACAGCCGCUCUAGAAUACUUACUUGACAUUACCUCAGAACACUUGGGCAAUAUUCAUGAUACCUGCUUUGCCGGCUGUCCAACACCCCCAACUCAAUUCGGUGAGACUGUAGAGAACGAUCUCUAUCCCAACCUGAACAGCUAUUACAGCCCGUCAUUGACACCUGAGGCCCCCGAAUUCACUUCCUCAGCAUCCGAAUCAACAGAUGCUGCAGACCGUGAAUCAAUCGAAAGCGAAAGCCCUGAACAGGAAUCGAUUGAGAUUACUCCACCUCCGUCGUGUCGAAGUGUUGCUCUCGCAGAUCGAUUACCGACACCAUUUGCAAGUCCAUCUCCAUCAUCUGGUCGAGUCCGAGCCCCUAGACGACCUGCGUCCGCAACAGAAGACAAUGAUACGGAUGAUACAGUACGAGGUAACGCCUUGCAUAGAAGCACCCGCAUCCGACAAAUGCGGGACCAGUCCUGA